AUGAAGAGUGAAACACGACGUCAAACAAUUCCGACGACUACACAGAUUAUAAUAUGCUCUAUCAUCUGUAAUCAUGGUGCCUAUACGACAAUUAGUUUCACAGUAAUUUGUAUGAAGGAUGUGAUAGAAGAGCAUGUUGCCAGGAAUCAAACUCAUUGGCUCCAAAACUCUGCCGACGUCUCUUUCGUAUUUUCCGCUGGUGCAAUUGGCGCUAUAAUUGGACUUGUACCAUCGGUUCCAUUGACAACGAGAUUUGGAAUACGAAACGUUCUUACAUUCUACAGUUUCUCAUCUUCAAUUGCGACUUUGCUAGUUCCACUUGCAGUUUCGAUCGGGUAUUAUCCUGUAGUAGUUGCUAGAUUGAUUCAAGGUUUUGGUGCAUCUAUUUUGUUCUCUUCGAUUGGGAGCAUUUCUGAAGGAUGGUCUCCGAUUGCAGAAAUCAGUACUUAUAUUGCAUUCUUAUCAGCUGGAUUUCAGUUGAGUAAUAUUAUCACGAUGCCAUUAUCUGGAGUUUUAUGUGAAUCUGAAUUGGGCUGGAGAUCCAUCUAUUACAUUUUCGGAGGAGUUGCAUGCGCCGUCACUGCUGGAUUCUAUGCAUUCUUCAGGGAUACGGCUCAAUCUCAUAGAAAUGUAAGCACAAAGGAGCUGCAAAAAAUUGCUGCUGGGAAAUCAGAAACAUCUGGAAGACGAGAAGUUCCCUACAUUGCAGUAUGCAAAAACAAAGUGGUCCUAGCUAUCUGGUCAUCUGCUCUUGGAGGAAAUAUGUCUCUAAUGACACUGAUGAUUUAUGGACCAACGUAUCUAAAUAAAGUCUUGGGACUGGAUGUAAAGGAUACUGGAUUUGCAAAUGCGAUUCCGUAUAUUCUGGCAACUGCCGUUAAAUUCACAGCCGGUCCGUUGUCGGAUAAACUGACAAAUGUGCCUGAUACGUGGAAAAUGAUAUUCUUCGCAGCAGUUGCUCAACUAGGAAUGGCAUGUGGAUUCUUUGUGAUGGCGUUGACCCGAACAAAACUAAUCGCACAAAUCGCUUAUACCGCGGCGAUUGUUCUAGCUGGUGUCAAUAUGAUCGGAGUAGUCAAAUGUGCUCAAAUGGUAUCUCGACAGUACAUUCACUUUGUAAUGGCAGUAAAUUCACUAAUUUCCUGGGUAGCAAUAUUUAUUCUUCCAAUCAUUAUUGGAUAUCUUUGUCCAAAUCACACACCGGAAGAAUGGUCAGUAUUUUAUAUUGCUGGUGGAAUAUGGGUCAUUGUUAUGAACAUCCCGUUCCCGUUUUUGGCAACGACGGAAGCCGCAGAUUUUACGAAACCAGGGUUUGGAGAGAAGCGAGUUGGAGAUGUGGAGAAUUAUUGA